ACGCUGGUGAGACGAGGAAACGCGAUCCAGCGUUUCCGGCUGCAGCUGAACAAUGCAGGCUUGCAUUCCAGCGACCUUUGGCCGACUGCGUCCUUUGGACUCUCGAAGCACCUGGCUGCGAGCUGCACUCUCACCAUGUAUAGUACAGUAACGCUGGCGGACAGGCAGGAAGCGGCGUGGGCAGUCUCCCUGUGUCACCGCCUGCGUCAGACCAGACGCCAGGAGGGAGUUUUCCACUGACGAAAAAGGCUGCGCUUCUCGGCAGCCUGCUACAGACAAGGGAAGCGCCUCAGCUGCUACGGAGCCCCGUGCGGCAGCGACACGCGCAGACAAUAGCGCCGAGCGGAGAGCUGCGUAUGUGCGGGGGGGAUAAGCUCUGGAUUCACGCCAUUCGUGCCGUUUUGGAUUACUUCCUCCACGAAUCGGCGGUUUCGUCCAGCGCUAUUUUGUGACUAAUGGUGAUCGGAUACUUGCAUUGGUGAUCGUUCACACCAGCGCCAUGAGUGGGCUUCUCAAGAGGAAGUUUGAGGAGGUGGAUGAGGACCCCUGCUACUCCUCGCCGUCGCCCUCCUCCCUCUCCUCGGCCUGCUCGGGCUGGGACUCGGAGGGGGAGAGCUGCUACUCCGACACCCUGGACUCGACGCCCAGCAACCCCAGCUCCCCGGCGGCGGCCUUCAUCACCACAUCCAUCCUUAAGAAGGCCAAGCGAGCGCGGCGGGGCAACGUGACCUUCGACCAGGUGACGGUGUUCUUCUUCCCGCGGUGCCAGGGCUUCACCAGCGUUCCCAGUCGGGGCGGGUGCACCCUGGGCAUGGUGCAGCGCCACAGCGAGCUGCGCACGUACACGCUGGCCGAGUUCGCCGCGGAGCAGCAGCUCCUGCGGCGGGAGAAGCUCCUCGACCGGCUCCGGGAGGAGAGGCUGGAGGCGCUCAAGCUGAAGCUGACUAAAAACGGGACCCAGGAGAGCGAGGAGGCGGAGCGGCUGACGCUGGACGACGUCCCCGAGCGGGACGUGGACGUCAGCGGCGCCAACCUGGAGGAGGGCUCCUUCCUGCAGCCGUACCCGUCCAGGCGCCGCUACGCGCUGCUCAAGGCGGCCGGCGUCAAGAAGAUCGACAAGGAGGAGAAGAGGCAGCUGCACGAGCUGAGGAUCUCCCGGGAGAGCUGUGGCUGCGACUGCCAGGGGUUCUGUGAGCCCGAGACCUGUAGCUGCAGCAUCGCGGGCAUCAAAUGUCAGAUGGACCAUUCCUCUUUCCCGUGUGGCUGCACCAAGGACGGCUGCGGGAACACAGAGGGCCGCAUUGAGUUCAACUCCACCAGGGUACAGACGCAUUACAUCCACACCAUCAUGAAGCUGGAGCUGGAUAAGCGGCUGGAGGAGCAGUGCAGCGCGGAGGAGCAGCAGCAGCAGCAGUGCUCGCAGGGGGCCGCCGUCUUGCCGACGGGGCCCUCCUUCUCCUUCAGCUCGGAGCUGGCGGGGGAGAACAGCUGCUGCAGCGACAUGACGGACCUGUCGGACUCCUCGGGCCAGAGCGAGGACUCGGAGGCGGGCGCGGGGCCGUGCCGGCACCGCGCGCAGCUGGACGUGGACGAGCAGGGCCUGAGCCGCAUCCUGAGCUUCAGCGAGGCGGAGGGCGGCCCGGGGGCGGCGGCGCCGGCGGCCCCGGAGGCGUUCGGCAGCUUCAGCAUGGCCGACUUCGCCGACGAGAACGACAACAUCGACGCGGCGCUGCUGGACCCGGCGGACGAGCGCACGGACAAUCGGGCCGCGGCCAUCUCGGAACUGUUGGACGAGAACGCCAACCAGGGGAACGCCCUGUUCCACAGCAGCAGCAGCGUGCCGCACACGCCCUCCCCCACCGUGGACCGCUCGGCGAGCUACAACAUGGACCUGAGCCUUUCCUCUGAGUCGGACCUGGAGUUCUUUGAUGGGUUUCCGUGCUUGGGGCCCAGCUCGCUCUACAACUCCCUCAAGGAGUACGAACACAUGGACAACUUUUUUCAGUUUCAGUUGCCUAGUUACCCCAGCCUCCCUGUGGCUAGUGACCCCGGGACCUGCCUCCUGGAAUCACUGAUUGGCCUUUCAGAGUCUGUCCCAGAGCCCCCUGCCACAUUUAAUGACAAUCAGUUGUUGGAGGAAGCCAUGAAAUUGUCCGUGAUGGAAUCUGUGAAAGUUUGACAAUAAAGUGAACAUUCACGAACAAUGCAAGUUGAAGGAAAGGAGUUAUGGAGGAGAGUGAAAAAUGCACAUAAGAUGUCAACAUGUUUGGUUUUUGGAGGAAGCUGUGAUUUUCCCUCUUGCCUAAAUAAAUGUUCAGUUUUCAGACUUGCCUUCAAAUUGUUAGGAAAGCAGUUCGGGGUCGACGCUGAGUGAGACGGCAGCUAGUGUUACAAGUGAAAAGACACACAACAGAGAUCAAUUUGACCAGGCCCAUGGAAACCAAUGAUGGCUCUCAAUUCCUAAGACAGCUCUUUUAACCAAACUGAGACCACAGAGCGUAUGCGAAACACGAUUCAACCUUUUACUGGGGCCAGGUUGGGUAUCUCAACACAGCUGAAUGUGCACCUCAGGGACUUUUUCUAGCUUUCUAGCUUUUGGAGGUAAUGUAUGGUGACCAUUGCUGUGAUGGCCUUUAUAUGAAACCCGAGUCAAAUCACACCAUCGUUCUGUUCGUGUCCUACCUUUGGGCUAAAACCCAGAGGACUUGAGUGGGUCGAGUCCUCCAUGUGUUGAAUCUCGUGGGCUCCUCCUCCUCAAGAUCACUCCCAAGGGUCUUAUGGUACAAGAAAUCCCUCUAAAAGCUCCUCGAUCAGCACUUUAUCUGUGAAAAUAGUUGUAUGAAUAGGCAUUGCUUUGGCUGUGUGGGGUCGAUUCAACAGUUCAACGCUAAAUUAAGGAGAUUCUUAUUUAAGAGCUGGGCAAAACUAAAACGGUGGCUCAUACCAUUAAACGCUGUAGCUAUGUUAUCUUUAUUACUUUUAUUUUAAAUUAUUUUUAUUUCAUUAAAUUUUUUUUUUAUUUAUUUCAGAUAAAGCCUACUUUCACUCUGCAAGCACUGUGGUUUGACGUUUUCACCUGAAAGUGCAAUCUUUCCUUUUCUCCAUAUCACUUUCAUGCAUUGCUGUGGAAAGUGGGACCACAAGUCCAUCAGAAAGUAUUUAAUAUCUAUUCUCGUAUGCAUUCAAGUUUUUUUUUUUUUUGGUAACUUAUUAUGUCAUUAUUUCAGUAGUUAUUUAAUUUAAGACAUUUUGGCAAUAAAACGGGCCGUUGUGAAGUUUACUGGAUGUGCCUGCUUAUCAGGGGAGCCAUGCCUGCCAGUGAUGUGCGUGCACAGUGCUUCCAUUUACACUUUGGGACUGAAAACUGUGGAAUCUCCCUGAUCACUGAAACUAAAUUAUGGGUCUAUUGUAUUGCUGCCUAUAAUGUAACCAAUAGAAAAUUACACUAAUAUUUUGUAACUAAUUUAUGUAGGUUGACAAAAGAAUUCUAAUCACUGACAAAUUGAAUAUUUUAUUAAAAAAAGGAGUAAUUUUCAAUUAUAGAGAAAUGUAUACUUAUGAAGGUUAUUGCUCUCAAGUAUUUUCAUAGGCAGUCUUAUGGUUAGGUAUCUUAGCAAAAUGCCACUAAAACUAAAUGAAUUGCUCAAAAGAUCAAUUUGAUUGUACUCUGAAUUUUUGGAAGUCUGUGACUUGGGUUACAAUAUUAUGUAAUAAAUGACACAUGUAAAGGGUUUGUGGAUAAAAACUGCAUAUAUUAUACAUUUUUUAUCGUGCACACAAGCCCUUAAAUCUGCAGAGUUGCCUCAUUAACUACAGAACAACACCUUUCCAAGGUGAUGCUGUCGUCUGCGAACAGUUGAGGGACACUAGAGAGUCGAUGUACAUAUCUCACCCUUUCUACAGCUGUUUCAACAGCCUUUCUGGACCCUUUAGAACUUAUGCAUGCAGGUCCUGUUUGUUAAAACUUGUUCUGAUUAAUUGUAUACUUUGAAACGUGCCGAGCGCACACUGAAAAUGUAUCAUUUGCUUUUUUGCCUUUUUUGAUUACUUUUUGAAAUCCAUCCGAUGUUCUUAUGCCGUGAAGAGGGCACUGAUUUCUAUUGUAUAAAACAUCAAAUCCCAUGAAGAAAUGGCAACAGUGAGUGUUUAUAAAUGUAAUGUAUUACAGUACAGCUCAUUUUAUUUUGUUUUCAAACGACGUGUCUUACUUCUUGCCUUUUGUGUUGUAUAUAUUUCUGCUUGAAUGGUCCUGCAGAGCAAACAAAGCUGCUUUAUUUUUUACAUAUUCACACUUUAACCUGCUGUUCAAAAACAGUUUCUUUCAUCUAAGCCAUUUUGACAGCCUGUCCCUCCAAAUAAUAAUAAAAAAACAUUUUUUAA